AUAGCAACCGGAGCCGACAUCAACAUCAAGAUGGCGAAGGCAACGACUGUAAAGGAAGCUCUUGCCAAAUGGGAGGAGAAGUCAGGGGAGAAGGUGACUGAAGCCAAAGCUGUAAAACUUUACGGUCAGGUUCCUCCUAUAGAGAAGAUGGAUGCCUCUCUGUCCACACUUACCAACUGCGAGAAAUUAUCACUAUCCACAAACUGCAUAGAGAAAAUAACCAACCUGAAUGGCCUGAAAAACCUAAGGAUAUUGUCAUUAGGUAGAAACAAUAUUAAGGCACUCAAUGGGCUGGAGGCAGUAGGGGACACAUUAGAGGAGUUGUGGAUCUCAUAUAACUUGAUCGAGAAACUGAAAGGAAUUCAGUGCAUGAAGAAUCUGAAGGUCCUGUACAUGUCCAACAACCUGGUCAAAGAAUGGGCGGAGUUUGUCAGGCUAGCUGAUCUGCCAUGCUUGGUGGACCUGGUGUUUGUUGGAAACCCACUGGAGGAGAAACAUUCAUCAGAGGGAAAUUGGAUGGAAGAAGCCUCUAAAAGACUACCCAACCUAAAGAAACUAGAUGGUACCCCUGUCAUCAAACAGGAAGAUGGAGAAGAAGGAGAUGGAGAGAGCUGAGAAGCAUAACUGCCUGCAGGACUAUGACCACAUAUGCCCAAGAGUCCUCUCUUUUUUAAGUUUUCUUACUGUUUUCAUGGUGCUUUUCUUUAUAGUAAAUGUUUUUACAGCAACAUGAUUAUUUGUUGUAGAUCAACAAGCACAAAACCAACACAAAAAGUGUACGUUUUGUGUAUGUAUGACUUUAAAAAAAUGUCAGUGAACACUGACAAUACUUAAGCCUUGUGGGUUUGUGGGUACCAGAGAAGUUUUGAUGAAACCUUAAUAAGCACAUCUCCUAAUGUUAUUCAUAGCAUAGGGAGAUUUUUACUAACUGUUAACCUAUGAAGGAUGUUGACGCUAAUACAGUUUAUUUUUGUUUGAAUAAGACUGCAAGCAUUACUAGAACCAAAGCACAGUUUGGCUCAGACACUAAUGAGCAGGGGCAUUUGUGAGGACCAGAUGAUGAUCGGGUAAUACCAUUAGCUCCAUGCUGCUGGACCUCCUCCAACCUAAUAGGAGUUGGCUGUAAAUACCCAGUGCUUCCUCCCCCUCUAACAUCACCAUGGCAAAACAGUCGACAUGUUAACAUCUAGCCAGAUUAUUCUACAGUUGUGUCACAUUAGAUUAAACACUGAGACAAUGUAAAAAGUGACCAGUGGAUGAAGGUUACUCCCAGUCUGCUUAGAGAGCAGUGAAGGAUACAGUAGCCAAUUGAACUGCACAAUUCAGCAAAUAGCUACUUGUGACUUUGGCACACUCCUGUGCUUACAUUAGUAUCAUUAUCAGAGUGUACCAGGGUCCAUUACCCAACUCUGACUACUCAGGUAGUGGAUUUACAUCAUCACUGGAUUGUUGUAGCAUUAAAAUUCGAUUUUUUAGUAUCUUCUAUACUGCACUGACGACAAAAAGGGACCACAUUCUGUAAUUUUAUUGUUCACUGUAGGACUGUGAGGCCACAUGACCAAGACAGAUUCUUAGCAAUGUUUGGCACUGUGUUGUUUGAGAUCUUCCAAACGAUAUAAUACUGAUGCAUUAAUUUAAGACUGUUUAUAAUUAGAUCUGAACAAAAUAUGCACUGUUAUGAGGUCUAAUGUUUUUCAUUUUGGGAUUAAAACUGAAGUGCUGUAUUGUUCUGUCAGCUUUAGGUUGACUUUGUGCACAUUUUCAUAAAGUUCCUGUUCAUGAGGAUGUGAUAGUUAAUGCAUGUGGCAUGUCUUAAUUACCACUGUCAAAUGAUUUACAUGUUUUAAAUUAUUUUAGCAUGUUGUUUAUACAAUUGUGAGAUGUUUAUGAUUUUAAAUGAAUUUGAUAUUUGAAAUAAACACUGAAGAAACAUUGA